AUUGGUAGUUGCACACUUAUGCCUCCCGUAUCAUUGGCUCAGCAGAUGUGCUCAGCUAGCUCCCAGUAGUGCAUUGCUGUUCUGGAGUUGACUAUGCAAGUAACCCUAUUGCAGGAGUUAAACAAUUAUAUGCAAUAAUAAAAUGCUAGAACGUUACAGCAUUUUUUUUUAAAUUUUCAUUUGAUGUCCCUUUAAGGCUUGAUAUUAAUUUGCAGUAUUAUUUGACCAUGUCAUCUACAUAUAUUCCCAUACUAAAUGUUAGUCAUUUGUAAUCAAAUACAAUACUUCUCUCUUUCAGGAUACAAUGUUCAGCAACUUGAUAUAACUCUAAAGGAUUCCUGUAAGAGAACUUAUUUCAUUUGUUCCUGCACCCACCCCCUCUUUCCAGUAUGGGGGUGGUUCAUAGUAACUCAAAUAGUUAAACAUCCCAAUCAUACAGAAGAAAUGGACAUCUCUGGGCAGGAUCCAGCCUGCAGGAUUCCUGCUGGGGACAAGAGAGUUUGUUGCAGCAUUUAGAAGAAAAAACGACCUACUACUGUAAAAAUGCAGAAGACUGGAAGUGUCAGGUUUUUUCAUAGUCCCCAAGCUCAACUCCUAUUGGUUAAUUCUCUAACAUGUGGUCUAGAAGUGUGUCUGGCUGCAGGGGUCACUUUUGUCCCCCCUUUGUUGUUGGAAGCUGGAGUGGAGGAGAAAUUUAUGACAAUGGUAUUAGGUAUUGGCCCCAUACUAGGACUUUUAACUGUGCACUUCAUAGGUUCUGCAAGUGACCGCUGGACCAGCAAAUAUGGCCGCCGCCGACCUUUCAUUUGGCUUCUGAGUUUGGGAGUAAUAUUAAGUCUCGUUAUAAUCUCUUAUGCAAGUCAUCUGGCUGCACUAGUGGGCUCUCAUGUUGGUACAAAGGUGGCUUUUCUAAUUCUGGGCAUUGGACUUUUGGAUUCUUGCGGACAGGUCUGCUUUACUCCGCUGGAAGCAUUGCUCUCAGACCUAUUUCCUGAAGGGGAAGGUUGUAGAAAAGCAUUUUCGGCCUAUGCCUUGACCGUCGGACUUGGUGCUUGCAUUGGUUACUUGUUACCCUCUAUAAACUGGAGCGGCAGCUGGCUAGCACAUCUCCUAGGUGGGCAAGAACAAUGUCUCUUUACUCUCCUUCUGCUCAUCUUUACUGCAUGUGUAUUUGCCACCUUUUUUGUCUCGGAAGAGGUCCUGAUAGGGGCUGGGAAAUUGGAUGUGUCUGGAGAACAUUUAAACGGUGGAGACAUAUGUCUAAGGAUUUGCCACGUAUGGACAUUGCCCCUGAAAGCUUGGCGUAUGGCCUUGGCACUGAGGGGUGUGUGUGCCUUGUUGCCACGGCUCAGGACGUUCUGUUGCAGAGUGCCCGUUACUCUUUGUCGUCUUUUUGUGGCACAGCUUUGCUCCUGGAUGGGUCUCAUGACAUUCAUGCUUUUUUAUACUGACUUCAUGGGUGAAGGUCUAUACAAUGGUGUGCCCAUAGCAGAGCCAGGCUCAGAGGCCAGAGUGAGAUAUGAUGAAGGAGUCAGAAUGGGAAGUUUGGGACUUUUCCUUCAGUCUGUCACCUCCAUGAUUGCUUCCUCUUUGAUGGAUCGCAUGGUGAAGACUUUUGGCGCCCGAUUUGUGUACCUGGCAAGUGUCACCUGCCUCCCAUUGGCUACAACAGUGAUGUGCUUUUCCCGCAAUGUUACUAUGGUAACCGCAUCAGCCGCCUUAACAGGAUUAACAUUCUCAGUUCUGCAGAUCCUGCCAUACACUCUUACCUCACUUUAUCACCACAACCGGCAGGUAUUUUUGCCCAAAUAUAAGGACUUUGUCGAGGAUGAUGCAACAGAGAAAGAACGGAAGUCUGGCUUCCUUAAGGAAAACCAAAACAGCCCUAAUGUGGCACUGUUCCCCUCUCAUAGUCCCUCUCUGUGCCUGGGUCCCUCCUGUGAGGGGGCAGUCACAAUAAGUGAGCCUGUUCUCCCCAACCAUGGAGUCUGUCUGGAUAUGGCAAUACUUGACAGCGCUUGUCUGCUGUCACAGGUGGUACCUUCCCUUGCUAUGGGAUUUAUCGUGCAGCUGACACAGUCAGUCACAGCCUACGUUGCAUCAGCCGCUGCUUUUGGAUUCAUAGCUAUUUACUUUUCCAGCAAGGUGGUGUUUGACAAAAGUGACAUGUCCAAACUGACUCCCUUGUAAAACAGGACAGUAAAAACUGCGCAAGAUAAAUGACAAGCACCUCGGAUGUUGGUGUGAUAUCCUGUUGGGCCACAUUAAUACAUUAAUGUAAUAUGUGACCUCUUACAAAUACACUGGAUAAGCGGAAUAAAAUAAAUCUAUUUUAUAUCAUGUGGAAUGUCAGGUUUCGACUAUAAUAAAUGCCAGUACAGUGGAGUACAUUUAAAGCGGUGUUAUUCAAACCUUUUUUUUCCUCAGUGCAAUUAUAGCAAAUUCAUUGAUAGCCCAAAUUCUUACAUGUUAAGUAAAUAAAUUUAAGGGACACUGUACUCAAAAAUGUUCUGAUAUCGAUUUGACUGAAAAAUAAACAUAUUGACUUUUUUGCCUGAGAAAAUAUAAAGUACUAGAUACUGUUUAAAUUUAAAUUGAUAUAACAGUAUCAGUUCCUGUUAAUGUGCAUAUAGAUACUUUCUACUAAUGCUCCUUAAGUACCAAGGAUUCGUAGAACAUACACAACGUAAACACCUACACUAGUUGUAGUUUAAAUUUAAAAAGUAUAUGAGUUAAAGGGACAUGAAACCAAAAAAAAAUAUUUAAUGAUUCAGAUAGUGCAUGCACUUUUAAACAACUUUCCAAUUCACUUCUGUUAUCAAAUUUCCUUCAUUCUCUUGGUAUCCUUUAUUGAAGGAGCAACAAUGUACUACUAGAAACUAGAUGAACAUUUUAGUAAGCCAAUGACAAGAGGCAUAUAUGAUGUGCAGCCACCAAUCAGCAGCUAGCUGCUGAGCCUACCUAGGUAUGUUUUCAACAAAUGAUAACGAGAACAAAGAAAAUUAAAUAAUAGAAGUAAAUUGGAAAGUUGUUUAAAACUGCAUGCUCUAUCUGAAUCAUGAAAGAAAAUUGUACUCGUUACUACAUGUUUCAAAUGUUACACUUCUAUCUUUUGGAAUGGAACGUUUUAUUUCCGAGAAAAAAAUAUGAUGUGGGAUCACCAAUGUAUUUGUUGAGGAGGGACGAGGAAGGAGGGGUGGGGCCGUUGGUGCGUCUCUAAAAAACAGCGCCUAUGCUCCGACUGGGGAAGUUGCUGGAGGAACAGCAGUCAGACCUUCCAUCCCAUGAUAAUCCCACAUGAUCUCAUAUGGCCUGUGAGAAGCAACAUUAGAAUAAAAUGUUUAAAUGUAUUAAAAUAAAAUGUCACAUUACAAAUAGGAAAAUGUAACAUUCAUUUGUAGUUUGGAACAACCAUUAUUUUAAAGAAUUUCUCUGAAACAUUCAUCUAGUAGAAUAAUUCCCAGUAAAAAGCACUAUGCAACUAAGUGCUGCCUUCUGGGCCUUAAUUUGAAUAACCCUGCCUUAAAGUGCUUCAAGGGCAAUCACCAAUAACUAAGUACCCUCAGGCAUAGACGGAGUUAACUUGUCUUCUGUGUUGCACUUUCUAUUUAAUUGCUUUUUGGGAGGAGGUUGUUGAUGUUUCUUUUUGUCUUGACUUAGUGAUUAGACACAAAAUUAAAUGGACCCUAAUAUUUGCCAAUACCACAAGCAAAUAUGGGACCAUGUAGAAAUUAGCUUAAAGGGACAUUGCACUGUAAUUGUGCCCCCCCCCCCCCCAUGUGUUUCCAAUCAAUCACCUGCUAUACCAGCUGCAGAGAAUUAAAUUAUGGGAAAUUGUUCCUUUAGGUUUAUUUUUGCUGUUUUUGCACAUUGGAAUCAACCCAGUUUUGCAAAAUGAUGCCUAUUCAAUUAGAGCAGAUCUAAUUAUAUUAUCUCUUUCCCUCUAUACACAAAGGCAAAUGCUUACGUACUAAAAAUAUUAUUAUGGGUGGUGGUUUUACUGAACAAAACCAGCUAUUUCAAUUUAAUUGAACAAUUUCUCAUAAUUUAAUAUCCUACCGUUGGUAUAACAAGUUGUGUGAUAUCCGAGUUAAAUUUGCACAUGAAGGUUUUUUUUUUUUUGUUUUAAUAUCUAUACUGCAGAGAUUGAAUAAAUAACAUGAUAUUUAAAAUUGCCUCAUUUGUACUUUUUAGUUAUCACUAUAUUGUCCUUUUAAUACAUUCCUAUAAAUAUAUGCAACAUUUUUGGUUCAGUUUUUUGUAUUAUAAUUCAAACUACAUUGACGCAAAAUGUGGGGGGGUUUUUAUCAGUCACUUCACAUAUCCAUAAAUUUCCUAACAUACCUUUAUGAUGCAUUGAUUGUACAAUGGUUUCCCAUGUUUCAUACAUACAAAACAAAAUGUAUAGUAUAAAACACAGCACACUGAGUGCCAGAUAACUAGGUUAGUAGUUAUCAGGUUUGGCCUGUGUGUACAGCUGCUGUUUAUUUGUACCAAGGCAAGUAAAAUAAUAGCAAAUUUAUAUUUGUGUACAUUACAUAAUAAUGCAUAUAGACAGAAGGAGAAACAAUACGUUGAUGAUAUUUUUUUUCCUUUUAUAAGUAUUGUAUUUUAAUGAAGGUGAAUAUAUUUACAGUUAUUGUCAAGCACCAAAUAUUCAGUAAUUUAUAUUAAUGUAUGCAUAUUUAUUGACAACGUAUCUGUAAUUAUUAUUAUUUUUUUUCAGAAAAGUAAUUUACCUAAAUCUUGUUUAAUAAAAUGAUACUAGGUUUAUGAUGUCUGGCUUACAAUACAUAUACCUGCCUGUUCUGCUGCUUAAAGGGAUACUAAACCCAAUAUUUUUUUCUUUCAUGAUUUGCACAGAGCAUGCAAUUUUAAGCAACUAUCUAAUUUACUCUAUCAAUUUUUCUUCGUUCCUUUGGUAUCUUUAUUUGAAAAAGCAGGAAAGAGAGCUUUGGAGCCAGCCCAUUUUUUGUUCAGCACCCUGGAUAGAGCUUGCUGAUUGGUGGCUACAUUUAGCCAUCCAAUCAGUAAGCGCAACCCAGGUGCUGAACCUAAAAUGGGCCGCCUCCAAAACUUUCAUUUCUGCUUUUUUAAAUAAAGAUACCAAGAUUAUGAAGAAAAAUUGAUAAUACAGUAGGUGUAAAUUAUAAAUUUGCUUAAAAUUGCAUGCUCUAUCCGAACCAUGAAAAAAAAAUCUGAGUUUAGUAUCCCUUUAAUAUUUUGGAUGAAAACUUACAUCUCAGAAUUUAAUUUACACCUUUUCAUUUUCUUUUAAUAAGAGUGCCCUGAUAAUGAUUCUUUAUGCUGAUGACUAUUUAUAGUUAUGUUUUUCCAACACAAUUACUAUAGAUAUUUAAUGAAGGACUAUAUGCAAUUAGUUGAUAACAUUUUUCUUUAAUUAUGUACUUUAAUGUUUGUAGCAUAGACAUUUUCUUAGAUCUAGAUGAUAUCUAUUACCCCUUCCAAUGGGUUUAGGCCUUACAAUAAAGACAAGUUGUCUUAAAUUUGCCCAUUUUUUUUUUUUCAAUUGAGCAUUUACUUUGACACUCUUUUCUGCAAUAUUGAUAUUCAUUUUUAAAACACAAAUAUGUUGUAGAUUAAAAGCUAAAAUACAGUUUUUUUAGCUUUCUUUUUUUUUUCAUUUAUGCACAUAUUUUAAGUGUCAAUUUAAAAAUCUUUGCUAUAGUUGUAUAUUUCUCCCAAACAAAAUUACUAUCUAUAAAUUAUUUUUUCAUUGCUUUUAACCUUGAAAAUAUUUAGUGCCAUGGAAAUGUAUAUUUAUAAAUAUGUAGAAAGUAAAGGGAAUUGUUUGUAUGUUUAAUAUGUUAAUAUUUGUUAUUAUUUAAAAUGUUUGCUGUUUGAAGUUUACUUUGUGUGUCACAAUCACAAAAUGCUAUUAAAAGGCCAAUGUUUAAAGGGAAUUGUUAACGCAUGCUUUAACAAUAAGGUGUUAAUAAAGCUUUUAAUUGAGAUUGUGUAUAUAUACUGUAUAUAUACACCCAAUAUAUAUAUAUAUAUAUAUAUAUAUAUAUAUAUAUAUUGUGUUAAUAAAAAAAAUACAAUGGACAAAACUUAAAAAAAAAUUAGAUCACUUGAGUUUCUUUCUGAACACCGGCUGUCCCCCCCCCCCCCCCCCCCAAUCAAAAUCUAUAAUAAAAACAUUACAUUUUGUUUAUUAAAAAUGAUGGAUCCCUAUUUUUUAUUUGUUGAUGUUUUUGUUGAAGUGUCCAUGCAGUUUCUUGCAUAAUAUAUAGAUUAAAAAAAAAACGGAAUAAAAUGAUUUUAGAAAAUGGUUUGUGAAAAAAAACAUGAAGUAGAAAGUUUAAUGGUCUUACAUUUAUAAAUUAAUUUAUAAAUGAAUAUUAUGUUAUUCAAUGUCUACAUUUCUUUUGAUAUACCUUAUUGUUGUGUGAUAAUUUUCCUUUAAUGGCCUAGAAGAUCAUUAAUUAAUAAUUUAAAGUUGUGGUGAAAAUCAUCUCUCUAAUACUUUACUUAAAAAAUAUAUGUAAGACGGGAAAUAUCUUUUGUGCAAAUAUUUUUGUCUUCUAUUUAUUUACAGAUGUUAAUAUUAUAUGUUUAUGAAAAUAAAGAUCCGGGAAAUUGUUUGAGAUUCUAAAUAAUGUGUUUUGCUUUAUUUCUUUCAACAAAUGUGCCUCUGUUAUGUUGCAAAGCUUUGUUCAUGAAUAUAGGAAGAUAAAAUGCCUGAAUUUGGGAAAUUAAACUUUUUGGAAUUAA